AUGAUGCGGGUCCACACCAGUCUACGCUAUCCGCGCUCCCUGAUGCUAGUCGUGGCUCUGCUCGCGCUCGCUUACCUGUACACCAAUUUUGCUACGCUUCAGGAGUCGUAUCGGUCGUUGCAUAUCCAGGGGAGUAAGGGCGAGAAGGAUAGUAGUGUUAAUGUGACGGACGUAGCGAUCGAGGUUGCGGAUGCGGUUCACGAUGCUACGAGUACACCUCACGAGGUUGCGAAUGGGGUUCCGGAUGUUACGAACGCAGUUCAGAAUGUUACCGACCCAGAAAAUCGAAAUACCCUGUUGGGCCACACGGGAAUCGUCCAUGAUAUGGACACGGUACCACUCGACAAUCUCGACCCCUCCUUCCACGACAUCCAUCGGGUGACGAAGCAGAAUAUCAAUUAUCCGACAGAUUAUUUUGUCGAGAGUAAGGAUGAUCAGGAGUGUCGGAAUCUGUUCAGUCAGCUGUAUCUGGAACAUCUUGCUUCACAUCAUGAACCAUAUUGCGAGGGGCCAUCGCGAGGGGAGUUUGAGUGUUUUCGAACGCAUAGGGCUGAGCCGUUCUGUGUAGCUUCAGGCGUGUUGAUUGAUGCCACGCGUCAGGAGCCGCAUAAGCAUACUGCGGUUCAUUGUCAGAUGCGAAACUUCACGGCUGAGCGCGAAAAGGCGACGCCAGAGAUGGCAGAGGCAAUGAGGAAUCUCAAUCCGGUGGAAGGCAUGCCAAUUGGAUUUUUCGAUACAGGAGUGGCAGCGCAGAUGCAAUCUUGGAAUUACACGGCCAAUGAUGAGGUUGUGGAUAUGGGCGAGGGAAAGACAUGUGAUACGACGACAAGUGAUGGGAAGGUAUAUUUGCUGGUAAAAAGGGAGAACCACGACAAUGUUUGGCAUAAAAUGUUGGAGGUCUGGCAGGCACAACUUUCAAUCGACGCAUAUGUGAUGGCUGUCAACCAGAAAACGAAUAAGCCAUACCUCACCCCAGCCGAUGUAGCGAACAUCCAAGUCAUGUUCACAGAAAGCGAUCAAGGAGACAUGAGCCCAGCCGACGAAUUAUGGAAGAUGGUAGGAAACGGAAAACCAAUCCAGCAGCGAGACCAACCACCCACCUGUCUCGGCACCGUCAUCCUCCCCCUCUACUCGUCCUCCUCCCCCUUCUGGGCCUACACCUGGGAAGAAGCCGACUGCCACUCCACCUUCCUCGUGGAAGCAUUCCUCAAACGCGUCUACCGCUUCCUCAACAUCGACGCGCAGAAGCAUAAAUCCGAAAAAGACCACAUCAGCGUCACCAACGUCACAAUCAUCGACCGCAAAGGCCGCCGCAAGCUCCGCAAUCAAGACGCCAUGGUCGCAGACCUCAAAUCCCGCUGGCCAACCGGCGUCAACAUCAACGUCGUCGACUUCGCCACCCUCACCUUCCGCGAGCAGAUCCUCCUCAUGCGCCAGACCUCCGUGCUGGUAGGUCUCACCGGCGCAGGCCUCACCAACAUCUUCUGGCUCCCCGAAGAGUCCUCCCUCGCGGAGAUCCAGGCGCCUGGAGUCCUCUACGGCGGCUUCCGCAACCUCGCGAAGAUGCGGAGCUUGCACUAUUUCACCGCGCAUCCUGAGGCGCCGCCCGAACAGGAUACCACGGGCUGGGGAUGGCAGACGGGCGAGUGGGUGGAUAUGAGGAAUGAAGUCUUCCAGGCGCUGGUGGAUGCCGCGAUUAAUGGACAGUUGGCCAAGGGCGAUAUGAGGGGGCAGAUUUUACCCGCCGCGCCGUAUGGUGAUAUCCCGUUGCCGAAGCCAGAGCCGUCGCCGACGCCUAGUGCGGCUGUUUCGCCGGAGAAUAUUGAGCGAAGAGGAUGA